AUGCCGCCUCUCCCCACCCCCAAACCGGACCCAGUCCCUCUCCGCCUCCCCCCCAUCGGGCGGGCAGAGCUCUCCCGCCCUAUUGUUCCCCGCACCCCGCGGCGGAGGCAGCGCACUCACCACGCGGGCCGGGCUUCCUGCAGCGCCCAUCGGCCCCCUCAGCUCCGGCACACCGGGGCUGCCACAGCGCCCUGCUACUGCUCCUCCAGUAAUACUCGCGGGGCCCAGGCCAGCGCCACCAUCACCCCCCACCACCCCACUGCCACUCCACCAGCGGCCAUCUUGUGCGUCGACUGCUCCUCUCACCGCCCACGUCCCUCCCUCUCUCACCGCACCACCCGCCCCUUCCUGCGCCUGCCUUCCCCCGCAGCCAGGACGGGCUGGGACAGGACGGGACGAGGAGAAAUAGCCGAGUCACGGCCUGGAGGCCGUGGGGGCAGGGCGGUGGAACUAUCGCCCGGCUUGGGGAGUGUACCUCGUGCUCCGUCAGGGACGGUCUCCAAUGUUAGAUACCUUCCUCUUUUCAGGCUACUUGGAAUGCAAAGGUCUAUGCAAAUAUACCCUCUGACUGCAGCGGCUGUGGAAAAAGGAGAAAUUAUAAGGAAGGGUAAGCUAAAUUGUAAAGGUCAGGCAACUCAGCAGGGAGAUUAAAAAGCACUUUCUCCAAAUCUCAGCAAUACAGAUCAGAGGUCCUGGUACCAAACACAAGUCCCCCAGAGAAGGAUAAAAGGUACGCUGGAUGCUGAAUGCAAGAAAGCAGGCAGGGAGCACAGUGCCUAUGUGACACUAGUUCUCACUCUGGCUUGAGAAAUUAUAAGGGAGAAUCCAAACAGUCCUUGGGGAAGGACAACAACCUUUGCAGGUGUUGUUUGGAUCCUUGUUUUCUUUCAAGAAACAGUCAAGGGGUGUAGUUUCUAAUUGUCCAAUAAUAGUGAUGUGCUGGUUUGAUGACCAAUGAGAGUUUUACCUCUCAGACCUUCUUGGACCUGUCUAUAAAAGAAGAUCUGAAAUUGUGCUACCCAGAAGAGAGUCUAUGUCAUACUGCUUCGCCAUUCCUAGUAUAGUGUGACAUCUGGUAGACCCUUGACAUGCAUUGCAGCCAAGAGCUGAAGGACAUUGGAGUCUCCCUCCUCCUUUGAGAGGUAAGGAGCUUUUCCCCAUGUGUUCCUGGAGACCUACAGAUCUCAGUGACCCUGGGCAGAGGGCCCAGCUGGUGAGUGGGCCUGGAACGGCAAAUCUCAGCAAAGCUAGAGCUUACAUUCCCAGGAUGAGCCACUGCGUUUGCGUGUUGAACUCACGGGCCGUUGAGAUAAAGCUUUUCCCAUAAAGGGGAACCAAAGUUCUGCAGAAGAACAAACUCGUCCUCUCUCUGAAUAGGACAUAAGCAGCACUUAGGACUCACUGUGUCAGAAGGCUUUAAAGCGUUACAGCUGUGGCCAUCUGGGCAUGGUAACAUGAGAGUGGAUCAGCCAGGGUGGGUCCCUGUUCCAUGGAUCCCCAGAUAGCUUGGUUCCAGCCAGAGCAACUCGGCCCCUUAAACCGCCUGUGAAUGCUGAUUUGGGAGACCACGCGGGGGAUCCGCAACCUCUACUUCCAGCAGGAGCAGGAGCGACAGCAGUGCACCCUUGCUGUGGCCGGCCUGGCCUCCCCGCCUGGCAUGUACCACACUCCCCGUGCCAGCCCGUCCGGACUUCGGAAGACAUAGACUAGCUCUGCUGAUACAGCUUUGUGCAGAACGCCGUGGUCCCACAGCUGAAAGUCAGAAAAGAGAUGCUGUAACAGAGGGUUUUCCCCAUGGUCCCACCCCGUGGAUUUUGGGGCAAGGAGUUUGCCUUCUGAGUGUUUUAUGCCUUUAACUUUUCCUAUGUUUAAGGAUUGCCUGUAUGCUCUCCCCCCAGCGCAGCAGGUGGAGGC